UGCAUUUUUAGAGGUGCAGAUAAAGCUUGCAAUUCUCCUUAAAUGAAAAAAAUCAUCGGAGGAAAAAAAUGAUUGAAGUCAUAAUACUGAAGAUUGAAAAUCCAGAUUGCUUUUGGGUCUACAUAACAGGAGGCAGAAAAAUUGUAGUCAAUGAAAUGGAAUAUGAAACACUUCAGACUGAAAUGAAUCAAUUCUAUAACAAACAUUAUCAAUGUGUGGAUGCCAAGCCUUGUGUACUAGAAGAAGGACAGGUUUGUGCUGUUUACUGUGAGGAACUGAAAUCUUGGUGCAGAGCUGUUGUUAAUUCAAUCAUAUCAUACACGGAUUAUUACAUUGCAGAAUGUUUCCUUGUGGACUAUGCCAAAACUAUUCCUGUGAACACUGAAAAGAUCUGUGUGGUCAUAAAACCAUUUGUGAGGCUGCCUUAUAGAGCUACAAAGUUUAGGUUGUACUGUGUCAAACCAGUAACACUACGUGUCAACUAUUACAAUGACAAUUCUGAGAUAGUGCCUGCUAACAAAUGGGAUAUUGCAGCAAUCCAGUACUUCCAAAACCUCCUGAAUGAAGCCACUCAAGUGGAAGCCAAGAUAUGUGCUGUUGAAGAGGAUAAUUUUGCUGUCUAUCUUUAUGUCACAAUAAAAGGUGAAAAGGUGUGUGUGAACGAUGCUCUUGUUGCAAAGAACUAUGCUUGCUAUGAACUUGAAGAAACAAGCCAGAAACGAGAUUCAGAAGGUGGCAAAUCUCGUUCAGAGGAGAAGAAUCCUGUAAGGCUGCUGUGGCCAAUGUUACUACGAGAAUCUAAGGUUUCUGAGAUGGGUGCUGCUCCUAUUUGUGAUAAUUCUGAGAUAGCAGAGUUGACACAUUUCCCAGAAAUUAACUUACAUAAACCAAAACAGCCUGAUGCAGUGGUGCCUGUUUCCCCUUUGAAGCAAGGAGUAACUUUUUCUGUACCAUCAGACAUGCAAACAGUCAGCAACUUGCCUAAGACGAGUACCAAAUUACAGGAAAGGGAGAAUGAUCUCUACGAGAACAACCUUGGGGUGAAGCUUCUACAGUUUUUAAACCCUGAUCCUCUGAAAAUUGCCACUGAACAAGAAACUGAGGAGCUUAAGCUGAAUAUCACCACUACGUGUCUUCCUGUUGUGCUGAGUAAUACAAUCGAACCUUGUUCAUCUCUAGAAACCGCACCACUGUUUCCAGCUUUAAAAAAGGAGCUUUUAAGAAAGCAAUUCCAAGGACCUAAUCAUGUACAGUCUUACUCCUGGCCUGCAAUAGCACGUGGAUAUGAUUCGCUUAUUAUCUCUUCUGAAAGUGACCCACUUUCAUAUCUUCUGCCAAUCAUUACAUUUUUGCAGUCAAGAAAUUGCUACAUAUCGUUAUCACCUAGACAAGGUCCAGUAGCAUUAGUCAUAUGCCCAGGCCAGAGGAGAGCAGAACUGGUAUUUGAGCACCUGAAAAUGUACAGCCAUUGCUCCAGGCCUCUCCACCCAAUGUUGCUUUUCCUGGGAAUGAAAAAGGAAGAAAUCAAGAGUGUAAGAAUUCCAAGAGGAUGUGAAAUCGUGGUAACAACCCCACCUAUCUUUUUGCGGCUGCUUGAGCAUCAUAGUUUACUCUUCCUUAGGUUGUGUCAUCUGGUGUUUGAUGAAGUUGAUGUAUUGUUCUCUGAUGCCAAGGAGCAGAUACUUACUAUUUUACAAUACUACAAAUCUAACUUGAGCGUUGAAGAAAAGGAGUUUGUGCCACAGCAGAUUGUUGCUGUUGGAAACCACUGGGACAAAAAUAUAGAAGUUUUAACAAAAGAAUUCAUGAAUGAUCCAUAUAUUAUAAUCACCUCCAUGGGAGAAGCUGCCAUAUAUGGGAAAGUGCAACAGGUUGUGCAGCUCUGCCUUGAGUGUGACCGGAUCUCUACUUUACUUCAAACCUUAGAUUUUACCCCUACAGAUGCUCAGAAGACGCUGAUUUUUACAAGUUGUGUGGAAGAAAGAGACAUGGUAUACAAGGCAGUAGAGAGCAUUUCAAUCUUUUGCUUGAAAAUGAACCCGGGAAUUGGAUUUCACGCUGAUUAUAUUGUAGAGCAGUGGAACAAAACAAUCAGCCCUGGAACCCAUGUUGUAUUGGUUUUAACCGAUGACUGCACAGCAGCUGCAAAAUUUACAGACGCGACCCGUGUCAUUCAUUUCAGCUUUCCACCAACUCCAAGAAUCUUUGGUGCCCGCUUACAUGGCCUGUCUGCCAACUUCCAAAAUUCAGUAGAAAAGAGUCCAUCACUGGGAAAAGAACAGAGCAAAGCCAAAUCCAUCUUGCUGUUGACAGAGAAAAAUGCCUGCCAUGUAGUUGGAGUGUUGAAUUAUUUGGAACGGGCAGAAGCUUUCAUCCCCCCUGACCUGUACAACUUUACCAGGGGAGUGUUGGAAGCCAAAGAGGAAAAGAGAAGCGGGCAGCCGUUUUGUUCUUCCAUUAAGGCCUAUGGAAUAUGCAAAAAUAAAAACCGCUGUCCAGAUCGCCAUCGCAUUAACCUUCAAAUUGAUGCACCCUCAAAAGUAGCUGAGGAAGCUCUGCAAACAGGUGGAAUUAUAACAAUACUGCCUCUUUUCAUUGUGGAUGCCACAAACUACUUAGGCCGUGUGGUAGGGAAAUGGGGUAAUCUCUACGCAGCUCUUGAAACAGAGAUGAAGGACUAUUAUCAGGAAUCUAGCAAUUGUACCCCAGUGGACAAAGUGGAGAAGCUGGCAAUGUAUGGACUGCGGGAAGAAAAUUCUUUCCACAGGGUCCAAGUGCUAGACGUGGAACAAAAAGAAGAGCCCGGUGCGUUUUACAACGUUGACAUCAAGUACAUAGAUGAAGGCAGAACUGGCUAUGUUCAAAAUCAACACUUGCUUAGUUUACCGGAACAAUUUCAAGCGUUGCCUCCUCAGGCUGUGGAAUUCAUCGUUUGUAGGGUUAAACCCAUUGAUAACGAAGCCGAAUGGCACCCAAAAGUAUCCAGAUGUAUUAAUGACAAAAUCAGAGGAAAACCACAUGAAGCCAAAGUAGCCCUUGUCCUGGGAAAUACAAUUUGGGUAGAUCCGGUGAUUCGAGUCACUAAACUUCAAGACCUGAAAACUUCAAUCAACGAAUAUAAUAUUCGCUCUGAAAUUCUAUCUACUGGAUUGGGAGUGGACAAUCCCGAGCAUAUACAGGAACUUGAGAAAUUAUUUAAUGAGGCUGAAAUACCCCAUGAGAAAAAAGAAAAGCCUGCAUUAUUAAAUCCCCCCACGGAUGAAAGAAAUGAGGAGGCUGAACCUGUUGAGCAGAAUGUCUCAAAUCCUGCAACUCUGAGCUCAGAGACCUCAAGCAAAGAGCCCUUGCCCCUUGUACAGAAAUCGCAGCACAGCCAAGAUAUCAUCCAUGAUGGUUAUUCUCAAGUAUCUUUAGAAAAUCACUGUGACGAAACGGUGCAAAAUAAGAACAACGAAGACAUCCUGCAGAUUUCGCCUAAAUGCUUCCAUCCAACCAUAAAAUGGUUUGAUAAGCAAGACGCCGUUGUUGUAAAGGUAAAAUUGCAAAAUAUUAGUAACUACGACUGCAGGAUUUUUGAACAGAGGAUCGCUUUCAGCGCUUCGGCAAACGGCAAAUUUUAUUUGGCCGAUAUGGAGCUGCAGAGAAGCAUCCUCAGAGAGGAGUCAACGUGUGUCCUUAAGGGUGACGAGCCCACCAUACUCCUUGUAAAAGUGAAGAAGGAACCUUGGUGCAGCUUGCUAAAAGAGAAAAACCAUCAUGUAUCAUUUGACUUCGAUUACUUGGAUGAUAAUGAGGAAAGAAGCCCAUUCUGCAUAGCAUCAAGUCCUAAGAAAGUGUAUCAGAUUCCUAUAGGGGUGUGCGAAGAAGAAGAGGAGGAAGAAGAAGAAUCUUCAAAAGACAGUGAUUCAGAGAGUGAUUUAUCCUCUUGUUAAUUAUACCUUGGCCUUUAGUCUUUGAUCCCCUACAAGGUUAAAGGAUCUAAAAUAGAUAGUACAAAACCCCUCGCAUGUGCAUCGGAUGCCUUUUUCAUAGUGAUACAGUCUCAGCAUUUUAUUAAAAAUGUUGACAAUGGGACUUCUAUGGGGUGCCACAUUUGCUAUUUAUUGACAGAAUUCUAAGCAUGCUCGUUGCAAACGAAUCUUAACAGCUUUGAGUGAAAUUUAAUUUGAUAAACAAGUUGAUAAUUACAUCAAAUUUAACAAUUAGACCAGGAUAGGUACAGUAUUGAAAAUUGCUUUUCAGUUCCAGUUAUACCAAAAUACUUCACAAAGGAGCAUGUUUGGUUUUUUUUUUUUUUUGCUUUUUUAAAAAAAAUGCAAUAAAAUUUUGAGUUUUGUGUUUUGUAAUGCUAUAAGGUGCUAACAGGAUAGGCUGACCAUUUAUUGUGACUCGGUUCUUAAGGAAUGUAAAAUGGGUAAUGCUAAUUCAGUCUAGUUGCUAUGAUGAGAUAAUUUUCCUUUACCUUUGUGAAAGGUAAAGCAGUAAUAUAACAUUACAAACGAAUAACUUUUGGUUCUUUUUUCACAAUAGUUUCAAAUACACAAUGUUUUGUAUAUUUGUUUCGGAAAAUGUUCAGAUACCUGGUUUUGCUUUCAAGUGUUUAGCUUUGUUGUGGCAUUGCAAUAUAUCAGCUGGGUCAACCAAAACAUGACAUAUUUCUUCCUUGAGCAGAAGAAAAUAAAAGCGUAUCACGUAUCAUAUCAUUUAUUAGAAAAUCUGAAUACAGAAAACCUGUAAUUAUAGAUGCAACUUACACAGAAUAGGAAGUUUUGCAAAAGGUUAUUGACAGUGUGCUUCUCAACCCCAGCAAUUUUAAGAUGUAUGGACUUCAACUCCCAAAAUUCCUCAGCCAGCAAAGUUAUAAAGGUUGAGAAAUUGUGUUAGAAUAUACAAGCUAGUUCUCUGAAAAUCUAUAGUUACUGUACAAUCCAAUUGUUCUACUUCUGUAGCUGUGCAAAGUUUAUCAAAACAACAAAGGAAGCACAAGUCUACAAACAACCUAAGUUUAUAAUUUUGCAUUCAGAUAAAUCCAAUAUUUGGCCCUUCUCUGAAUUAAUAUUGGUCCUGUUAACCGUUAGUUGUCUUUCUGUGAAAAAAAAAAAGUGUUCAUUAAAAUUUAAAAUGAUUAGCCUCUGUUUUGUAAAAUCUUUUAUUAUUUGUGGCUUGAAACUACUAUAGAGUCAAAAUAGUCCCAGAGGCUAAUAUUGAAACAGCAACCUUUAGGGAGCAGUUCUGAAAGAGAGAGUCUUGGAUUUUAUAAAAGCCCCUGAGUAAUUUUCAAAAAUUAAUAUUCAAUAACGGUAAAAAAGUCUGUGGUUCCAGCUAUGAUAUGGCCCUGGAUUCUCCCAUACUUGGUAUUUUCUAAAAAGAAAAUGAUACCAUUCGUGCAUGUUUGGAGGAGUGACAUCCUAACCCUAACAGGUUUUCAAAAUUGCAGUAAUAAAUCUCACCAGUCUUUUUUAAAUGCUACAAACUCCUUUGUUAUCUUUCAAUUGUAGUUUGAUAAUUAGAUUUUGGGGUGCGAUGCGGUUGCCCUCGUUUCUUAAACAUCCAACACUGAAAAGUCCAGAAGGUAACACUCUGCAUCAACCUCAUAGUUAAAGCUCCCCAGGAAUGAAAAUAACAGGCUUGGAUGUCACCGGAGGAAAAGUGUAGACAAUUCCUGUCUAGGCUGUGAGGAUUAGACCGCAUGCCAGGCCAAUAAACCCCUAUUAUCCCACCCACUGAUCUUGCAAAAUGCUUUUAAUACAGAGAAAGCAUUGCACUGUCUCAAGCUCUCUUGAGGCCAAGGAUAGACUUGUUGACUUCCUCUGGUUUUAGAGGUAAACAUCUCUAUCCUUCUUGCUUCUCCUUGACAUUUGGAUAUGGCUCUCUAGCCUAUUUGAUGCAGGAGUUGGCCUCUUCUGUUGUGUUGGUUAACAGGUAGCUCAGACACAUUGUCCUAUGAGAUUGCCCAGAAGGUAAUUCUCAGUUGUUAAAUGCUUUUCGUUUUGAAAUUUAGUAGUGGAAACUCCCUGUUUCCAUUCUUGAUUUUCCCACACUUGGCUAUAAAUCUUUAAACCAUAACAGAUGCAAAAAAUAUCCCCCUUCCUCAAUAAGUCAGGGUAAAUAUGAAAAAAAAUAUAUCUUUGUUAAGAUCUUUACCAUCUCAUACAUGUUGUAAGAUCUUUGCUGUCUCGUGCAUAUUCCGUAAACCAC